CACUCACAAAAGAGAAUACGCCCAUUCUCUCUUUCUCUUCUUCUUCUUCUUCUUCUCCUCCCUUUCCUCUUUUCUUCCUUCUCUCUCUUUCUCUCUUUCUUAAUUCCACUCUCACUUUGAAGCCAUCUCGAAGAAAAUCAAAGAGCAUUAACGCUUUCCAUUCGCCCAACAACGAAAACGAGACUUGAGUGCGAUUACGGAUCAGCACAAUUAGGCCCUCCUCCCCCCCUUCCUCCUCCUCCUCCCCCACCAUUUCUUCUUCUUCUUCUUCAACAACAAUCCCAUUACAACCUUCUACCACCGACGACUCGCACCGUUCCGCCUAUACGACGCAAAAAAACAACAACCCCACACCAUUUUGAAAAAAUAGAUACGGCAAUCUUGUCUUUCUUCAAAAGAUUAUAAUUAUGGACCCUUCUCGCUGUUCAGUCGUCGUAUCUUUUCAACCUGCACCACCUCCGUUUGUUAUUGAGGAUCAAGUCUACAAUAACAACAACAACAACAACGAACCUUCAUACACGUCGUUAUUACAAUCCAUAUUUGGCCAAGUCUUUGUCCAUUCGAACCCUACAGACGCUUUAGAACGAGUGAAACAUAUACGACAUGGGUCUCCCACCGUCCUGUUGAUCGACCUCGAUGCACCCGUCGACACUAAUAACAACGACCCCACUAUCGACCAAGACGACGACGACGAUGACGAUGACGAUGACGAUGACGACACCGUAUAUACCCCUUCUUGCUCCUCUUCUUGCUCCACAGCGUCGUCUUCCUCCGGCAUAGCCGACUCGCGGAUCGCUUGGAUCAAAAAGAGCUGCCAUACCCUUUCAAAAGACGUGCCUGUCAUUGCCUGCGCAUCCGACGAUAACACUGCGUUUAUGCUGGACUGUAUCCAUGCGGGCGCUGCAGAUUACUUGCUCAAGCCCUUGCGUUUGGAUGUCAUUAAAACGUUGUUCCUGAAAUUACACCGAUGCCGACCCGAUUCCAAAAUGCACCAAGGUGAUGCAGCAGCAGCAGCAGCAACAUCCACCUUUCUUCCAUCAUCCCCCUCAUUGCCCGAUAAUGUCUCGACGCUUUGUCCUGACGACGGUCUUCAGCAUCGCAUCAAGGAAAUAUUCACCAAAGAUACUCGAUUUGCACAGUCAGUCAUGGACAUUUACGCCAUCCCGCCAGUGGCUGCACGUACAAACCAUCGGGGAUUGUCUGGUGAACGUGCCACUAUGCUGCAACACAAGGUUUCAAGUUGGGACUUCAAUCCCUUUGACUUUAGCCACGACGAUCUGAUCCACUGCGCGUAUCUGAUAUUCGAACAAGCUCUGGUGCUACCAGAGUUAGCGCACUUGAACAUUACGCAAGACCAGUUGUACGACUUUAUCAUCGAACUUUCGGGCGCCUACCACGAUGGAAAUCCAUAUCAUAAUUUCGCACAUGCUGUCGAUGUGUUGCAGUGCUUGUACUACUUUCUCUGCCGUCUCGGCCUACUGUCAUUCGCCAAUAUGCGGACAAAUCACGCGACUCCAAACAACGUGUCACGCCUGCUGCUGCUGCCGCCCUCCUCCUCGCCGCGGCGGCGGCCACAGGAUCUGCUACGUCCCAAAGAUAUCUUCGCUCUUUUAAUUGCUGCUCUAGGUCACGAUGCCGCUCAUCCGGGCGUCAAUAACGCGUUUUUGAUUAACGCGGGUGCUCCCCUUGCUCUCCUAUACAAUGAUCGGUCUGUGCUCGAAAGCUUCCAUUCCAUGACGUUGUUUCAAAUCAUCAAGAAGCAUGGUCUUGACCAGAUCGGAGGUGGCCCUGGCUCAGCUGAUUACCUAGAAUUUCGGAAAAUUGUCGUGACCAGCAUUCUUGCCACCGACAUGUCGCUGAAUGCAGAAUACGUUGAACGUAUCAAUGCACAGGCCCAUCAACCCGGUACGGACUGGAUGGCUUUAGAUGACCAGGCGUGUGAGAAGGAACGGUUGCUCUUGUGCAGCGCCAUCAUCAAAUGUGCCGAUAUCAGUAAUGUGACGCGACCGUUUCUACGAGCAAAGAAAUGGGCCGAAUUACUAGUGGAAGAAUCGGUCUCACAAGGCGACUUGGAACGCGUCAUGGGCUUACCCGUGCUGCCGAUGAACGACCGAGACAAGAUUGCACUGGAAGACUCACAGAUAGGAUUCAUUCGCUUUGUGGCACUGGAACUGUUUGAUAGCGUGCGCAAAGUGCUGCCGGAAAUGUCAUUCACGGUCGAUUGCAUGCGUGACAAUCUUAAGCGAUGGGAAAGCCGCAAGCAUGCAGCUGCACAUCAUGAUUCUGGCGUGGCGAGUCUAGCAGCAGCAGCAGCAGCCGACGGAGGAGCGAGAGGUGGAGGUGGUGUUGCUAUUGUUGUUGGCAGUGGUGAUAAUGAUAGAGACGGCCAUGAUGGCGAGUCUUCACCGGUACGGUCCCCCUUAAUAACAGCAGGAUGUAAACGCCGGAGUAGUAAUAGUUUGGAUUACCAUUCACAGGCCGUUGAAGUCCUUCGCAAACGUCUUUCUUUGGACACGACGUCGACGCGGGCCCAAGCAGCAGCAGCAGCAGCAGCCGCACGAAGACGUAGCAGUGCAGGCGACUUUCGUAGUCGAUUGACAGUCCCCACUGCUGCAGCAGCAGCAACAGCAGUCGCCAUGCAAACGUUCCAUGAAGCAUCUCCUCCACCUCCGUUGUUUUCGCCGCCCUCUCCACCGCACCCAUCCUUGGAACAACAGCAGCAGCAGCAGCCGCAGUCAGUGAUGGAUCGGCACCAUCACCACCACCACCAUCAUCACCAUCACGAAUGGGCGCCUUCACAUGACGAUGCCAAUCCAGUCUACUGCCAGUGCAAUAUCCAGUGAGCAACCGUUCCAUCCCGUGUCUUUAUAUAUCAUCCAUAUCAAAAAGAAAAGAAGCGUCCAAAAAGAAAUACUGCAUAUACAACACACACACACACACACAGCAUACACACACACACUCACACACACUCUAAAUACACACAAACAAACAAACAAGCAACAAACACACACACACACACAUCACAUAUAUUAUAUACAUAUCCCCCCCCUUCUUCCUCUUUUCCCGCCCUUUUUUUCUCUUUCUUUUGCAUGCAUACAACCAUACAUUUCUUCAUAAACUAUCUCUCUGCCCCCCACCCCUCCCCUUGUGGAACUCCCAACCUUAUUUUUUAAAGCAUUCUUCACCACAUUUGUAUUUUUCCUCCGUUCUGGUGUACAAAUUUUUUCUUGUUGUUGCUUGUUAUUGUACAAGUAAAUCAUUUCUCUUUUUUAGAUCACCAAUUAAACUUUAUAUUCAUAGCGCC